UGGUUUAACAUUAUCAAGGCUUUCUCUUUCUCCGUUUAUGUACAAAUAAAUAGAUGAAUACACUCGGACCCAUAUGUUAGAACAAAGUCAAGAAAAACCAAACCAUUUAACAACUCUGGGGCAUGUUGGGAACGCGAGAUGACGACGUAGAGAAGGAAGCCAUCGCGGCAAAGCUUGAUACGAUCUUACGCAAUUUGACACCUACAACGUUGUCUGAAACUGUUGAAGAAUUUACAAAGCUUCCUUAUGAAAGCAAUUAUGAUACAAUUGUGGACGCAAUUAUUGCAAAGAUCGGAAGGGAACCAUCCUACGGGGAAAAAUGUGCAAAGCUGAUUUAUUUCGUUCAUUCCGGGAAAACCAAGGCUUCCAGCAAACUCUUGGAACUUAUCCUGGUCCGAUGUCAACUACAGUUUCACAUCAACGUAAAACGACAAUUAUCUCGUAGCGAAGAUCUCACGGAAGAGAAAAAUUCUCAAGCAGUUAGAAAAAUGUGUCUCGGAAAUACCAUCUUCAUAGCGGAAUUGUUUAACUUGGAUUUGUUGAGUGAAAAAGUUUUAGCAAACUGUGUUCAAGUUUUGUUAGAAUCAAAUGACGACAUAAACCUGGAGUGUCUAUCCAUACUGGUGACCAAGGCUGGACAAAAUUAUCAAGCUAAGGCAGCCUCAAGUAUGGACAAAAUUUUGGAAAGUAUCCACUCCCACUCUGACAAUGCAGCGAUAUCAGCAAAAUCCUGCAAGAUUUUAAAGAAUGUUGUCAAACUUGGAAGAAAUAACUGGGAAAAUCGAAAAACAGUCAGAAAUAUGAAGGCCAAUAUUAUAACUUUGAAAACAGAGGAAGUGGGAACGAUAAGUGACACCUGUAAACCGUUUACAACACCAGUUUCUGACGCAUUGGAGGGAAAUACUUCACCAGUUCUUUUCAACGGCAAAGGAGGAAUUGAUAGCUUACCGCCAGUCUACAGAAUUCUAACAAAUGCCACUGACGUACAAACCACUACGAAUUUUACCUUGACAGACCUGUCCACCGAAAUUCUACCAAGCCCUCAAAAUAAUCAGAUUGAAGAAAUUUCUACCUGCCAAAUUUCUAGAAAUUUUACCGAAGGGGAACAUUGCCCAACUGAACGUGACGACAAGCUCCGAUAUUUAUCCAUGUACGCAAAUUACGACAGGAUGCUGGCACAACUACCCUAUGAGACGGUGGAGGAUUUAAAUAUGGACAUUUGCAUCAUGAUUUAUGAGAAACUGAAGGCGUAUAAGGAACAUGAAAUUUCACAUUCUAAACCCCACUAAUUUAUGCCGGAUAUUGAUAAAUUUUGUUAACCUAGUGACGAUCCUUGGUAUAGUUAAAUAUCAAACAAAAACAAUUCUGCACCAUCUUGAUUAAUGAAAUUUUAAUGAUACUCAUUAGCAUUGGGGGUUUUCACGAUCUUCGUAAUUGUGGAUUCUUAAAAAAAUAAUCGUAAAUUUAUAAAGGGUUGACGUGAAACACCUGCAAUGACCUGCAUAAAUAAUAGAUUAGUAUAGGUUUAUAUAUUCAAAGCCAAUUUAUGUAUAUAUGGUGCUCGAAAUAUGCUGACUUUUACAAAUAUUCAUUUAAAAUAUUUUUACAAAGAAAAAGACCUUGCGAAGUUUUAUAAAUGUUGUAAAUUUACGAUGUCCACCACAGUAAAGAAGGUGACAUGAAAACCUUUAUCGUUGAUUCAACAAUGUACAUGUAUAUUUUUAGCUAAGCAUUAAAUUAUUCUUCCAAAAUCUAA